UGCCUGUCUUGCGUGUGCGUGUGCGUGUGCUCAGCCUCAGCGUGAGGGGCACCUGCUCGUCUGGGCUCACAGCGGAGGCAGACUCGCCGUGAGCUGCCGCGCUGCCUCUCGCAAGCGCCCGGCUCCCAGUCGCCGCCGCCACCGCCGCCACUGCGCCUCGCCAGCCAGAGUUGGGCUCCGUGGGGCUUCCCCCCUCGCAGCCUCGGUCCUUCCCGGCUGCUUGCAAGUCAGCCUGGCUCCGAGUCACGUGUCAGUGCCUGAGGCAGAGACUGAAAGAAAAAAACGCGCUUCAUUCCUUCUUCCACCGCCAUACUGUAUUUUAUACUAAAUCUCAUUUUUAUUCCAACAUUUUACUCCCGCUCGUGGAAGGUUUUUCUGGAAAAAAAAAUGAAGUGCGGUUUGGUUUCCUUGUCAACGGAGGAUGAAGUGAACAGCUGAGCAGCUCGCAGAGAGCAGAUAUCAACAUGGCAGGGGAACCCAAACCAUACAGACCAAAACCCGGAAACAAGAGGCCCCUUUCUGCACUUUACAGGCUUGAAUCAAAGGAGCCUUUCCUGUCUGUUGGCGGUUAUGUCUUUGACUAUGAUUACUACAGAGAUGAUUUCUACAAUCGGUUGUUUGAUUACCAUGGGCGUGUGCCUCCACCUCCCCGUGCGGUGAUCCCACUGAAGCGUCCCAGAGUGGCUGUCACGACAACUCGCCGAGGGAAAGGAGUCUUUUCAAUGAAAGGGGGAUCAAGAUCUGCUGUCAGUGGGUCUUCCUCCUCAGGCUCUAAGUUGAAAUCAGACGAGCUACAGACAAUCAAGAAAGAACUAACCCAGAUCAAAACUAAAAUUGACUCCUUGCUAGGGCGCCUGGAGAAGAUUGAGAAGCAGCAGAAGGCAGAGGCAGAAGCCCAGAAGAAGCAGUUGGAAGAGACUAUAGAGCUGAUCCAAGAUGAAUGUGUGUCAGAGAAUGCAGAUCACUCUACAGAGGAGCCUGCUGAAGGAGGGCAAGAUGCGGAUGGAGAAGAGAUGACUGAUGGGAUAGAGGAGGACUUCGAUGAAGAUGGGGGUCAUGCGCUGUUUCUACAGAUAAAGUGAUCUGAAAUAAUAUAUGAUGACACAAAAACAGAAAAGAGAAACUGUGACAACCCCCAGAAAUGUGAAAGAAGGUUUCCUACUGGAUUGCAGCAUCUUUGGUUCGAUUUGUAUAAAAACCCAAAUAAAUAAGAUGGACAGUAUUGUUCAAUUUUAGAAAUUCCAUUUCUUCUAUGUUCUAAGCUGUAUAAUUGUCAGGUUUUUAUGGUUUAAAUUGUAAAUGUGUUUCCCUCUUGCUAAUUAUGGUUUUUUUUUAAGUCUUAAACUGUGAAGGACAUUUAUGAAUGGUAAGAGAGACACUGUAUACAAAUGUAUAUUUGUAAAAGCUAUUUUUAUGAUUAGCAUGUCUCAUUGUUGACCAUAUAUAGAGUCAGGUGGUAUGGCAAUUCUACAUUUAAAGCUUAUUUACAAUAGCAUCAUGUAAGAAAAGAUACAUUGUAUGCUAGUUUUUAUAAUUUAUUUUUAAUUUAUAGUUUAAAGUACUUCAGAUCAUAAGGAUAAAAUACUUGAAAAAGUUAUAUUUCUGCCCUCUAUAAGCACCAUUUUUAUUAAUAAAGAAUGCAGUUAUUUCAGAUGUGAGACAACAGUUAACUGCUGGUUUGACCUGUGACUAAAUUGAGCAUGCUUCGCUCUACUGAACUGAAAUGAUCCAGUUAUUACCUAAUAUUUCAGUCUAGGCAUGAGAUUCCAUGGACAGGUUUAAAUGUUCACACAGGUGAGAACUAGAUUGACAAAGAAAAGAUUGUCUUGUCUUYGGAUCCAAAAAUCUCAAUUAGUUCAUACAUCACUUCACUUCAUCUCCUGUUCCUAGGAAUUCUUCGUUCCCAAGCAUUGCAAGUGUUUUCCAAAUACUCUUAGCUAUUGUCUUGUGCUGUGGAAAUGGAAUAAACCAUCUUCACAGACUGUAGAAUCCAGCAUAUAAUUUCUUAAUAAAUACUCUUUCUUUUAAAACAAA